CGCGGCCGCCCUCCCCCCCCUCCGGCCUGGGGCUGCGGAGCGAGCGGAGGAAGAAGGCGGACGGGAGAGGCGAAGGGAGAAGCGGGGGAGCCCGGGAGACGGGAAGUGCGCGGCUACGGCCACCGCAGGGAUUAAAGACACACAGGAGUCUUCAUGGAUAUAGUUGAUACAUUUAACCAUUUAAUUCCUACUGAACACUUAGAUGAUGCCCUAUUUCUAGGAUCCACCCUGGAGAAUGAAGUCUGUGAGGAUUUUAGUACAAGUCAAAAUGUCUUAGAGGAUUCGCUGAAGAACAUGCUCAGUGAUAAGGACCCUAUGCUAGGAUCUGCAAGUGCUCAGUUCUGUUUGCCUGUUUUGGAUAGCACUGAGCCCAAUUUCCAGAUGCCUUGUUCAACAGUUGUUGGACUUGAUGAUAUUAUGGAUGAAGGAGUUAAAGAAACUGCCCGCAGUACCAUUGAUGAAGACGAUAUUUCGCCUAACAGGAAUUUGAGGGACCAAAUGGAUGACACUUCAGUCAAAUCACCUAGGAAAUCUCCACGUUUAAUGACACAAGAACCAGUGCGAAGUCUGCGGCAGAGCACCCUAGCCAAGCGCUCCAGUUCCUUACCACCUGCUAGCACAAAGAAAUCAGCUGUAAAGCCUGGAUCUGCCCAAAAGGCAGGGCUGAAACAGCAGGAUAAAGGGCUGACCAAGCAGGAAGAUAGCAAAGCACCAGACCAUCCAAAAGAGGCUGGACACAGGAAUAGGGAACCCUGCCAGGAAGAGGAGGCAACAGAGGUAUCAUCAACUUCAGUCAAUUCAGAAUGGGUUACACAUCCUGCAAAGUCAGAGGACAUAGAAAUGGAAAGUGAACAUAAAAUUCCCAAUCAAGCAAAAAUAGAUGAAGCACCCUGUGAACAAGAAAAUUUUUCUCAGCUCCCAGGAACCACUUCGCCAACUAAAGAAGCGAGAAGUGAGACUGAGACUGUAGCAGGAAGUGAAUGCGGUAGUGUUGGACCAGGAGUGGCAGCAUCUGCCCAUGCAGAGACUAAUCAGAUACAGAAUAGUCUGACUCAAAAGGAAGGGGAAGAAACUGUAGUUAAUGAAUUCACUUCAGAAGUGUCUGCAGAAGAAAAGACAGAUCAUGAACCAGAGAAAGAGCUGAACAAAUCUGUACCAGGCAGCAGUGAAAGCAAUGAAACUGGAAUGGUCGAAAUUCCAUAUAUUACAACAAGUUACGAGAAUGCAGCUGAGACUGAGGAAACCCUUGCAGUUCAAUCCAGUUUUGUGGAUGGGAAGUCCGAUUGUAGCUCAGGCUUGCAAGCAAGUAGGGAGGUUGCUCAUCAGAUUAGCCUACCAGAAGAAGACAACCAGCAGUCUUUAGAUGAUUCUGAAAAGGCUCAGACAAAAAAUGAUUCUGCAGAUAGCACGGAACUGGAUCAGACUGAUUCUCAAAGCAUUGAUGCCAUUUCUGCAAAAUCAGUAACCAGUACAUCAGAAGGUAGUGUUCAAAACAUUCCAGUCCAAGAUGUACCACAGCAGCAUAACAGUGAACAGCUGGGAGAGCAUGAGAGCCCUGUGCUUGAGGAAGAGAAGCCUGCUAGGACUUCAUCAAAAUGUAUAAAAAAUGUGAAGUCGAGGCAUACCAAGAGUAAACAAAACAAAACUAUAGCUGUCCAACAAAAAUUAGCUUCCGUAAACCAAGACCUACAUCCUAAAACAGAAGUUCUUCCAGGUAUCCGUAGUCAGUCUUCAGUAAGUCUAAAACGUAAUGCGGAAGAACAAGGAAAUCUGCAGCAUUUUCAUAAGCCAGUGAAAGUUAAGAAAAAACAUGAAAAUAAGGAUCUGAAGGCCCAGAGCUCUGACUCUGGAAUGGCUCUAAAGAAACAGCCCUCUGGGAAAAAUGUUCCACGGGUCCAAACCUCAGCACAGGUACAGAAAGCAUCUACUGAAAGAGCAAUUGACAACAAAUCCGUGAGCCGUCAAGCUGGUUCCAAAGAAGCUCCGUCUUUAAUCUCUGGAUCUGUGCAUCCCAAGCAAGGACAGUUGCCACACAACCAGAAACACCCACUUCUAAAAGCAAAUAAUUGUAUUAAAGAAGAUGGAGGCGGAGUGAAGAGAGAUUCCAUAGCAAUGCCUAUGGAUUAUUUGAAAGAGGAUGAAAAAGAAAAAUUUAAACUCAGAAAGUUAGAGAAGAGUCUUCAGCCUCGGCAGAGAAGAAGUAGCAGAAGUCUUUCAGUUGAUGAGCCACCUUUAUUCAUUCCAGAUAAUAUUUCUACUGUAAAACGAGAGAGCUCAGACCACCUAUCUCCCAGUGAAAGCAAAUCUCUCUGGGUUCCUAGUAAGCAGUGCGGGUUUUGCAAAAAGCCACAUGGCAACAGGUUCAUGGUAGGCUGUGGUAGAUGUGAUGAUUGGUUUCAUGGUGAUUGUGUUGGGCUGAGUCUUUCUCAAGCCCAACUAAUGGGAGAAGAAGACAAAGAAUAUGUAUGUGUGAAAUGUUGUGCUGAAGAAGACAAAAAACCAGAUGUCCUUGAUCAAAACGUUCAGGACAUACAAGUAAAACCAGAACCAGCUAGAGAAAGUAGAACAAUGGACUGUGAGAAGCCUGGGAUAUCAAAGCAAACUCCCAGCUGCCCACCAAAUAAAGCAAAGCUGGGGGAAGACAGUAUGAAGCACAAAGUCAAAAUUUUUAAGCGGGAAUCUGGUGAUGGAAGAGCAGUAACAGAGAGCAAAGAUUCUGAUGUGAAAAAAGGGCCUCCAAUUCCUGUUAGGAAAACUGGGCAAAUGGUUCCAGUUCCUCGUCGGACUUCUGAGGAAAAACAGGAAAAAAAUAACAAAGAUACCCUUAGCGUUUCUUGUUCAAGUGAAAGCACAACAAAAUCAGGGGUUCAGGAUAAACCAGAAGGAAAGAAAAAGAGAGAGAAAGGAGGAACUUCUAGCACCGUACACCCACCUACUGCACCUGCAUCCAAGCCUUCCACUGAUCAGAUAAGACAGAGUGUUAGGCAAUCGCUCAAGGAAAUCCUGGAGAAAAGACUUGCUGACUCAACGCUGAAGAUUCCUGAAGAAAGAGCUGCAAAAGUUGCAACCAAAAUUGAAAAAGAGCUGUUUUCCUUUUUUCGGGAUACUGAUUCCAAGUACAAGAAUAAGUACAGAAGCUUGAUAUUCAAUCUGAAAGAUCCAAAAAACAAUAUACUAUUUAAAAGAGUACUGAAAGGUGAAGUUACUCCAGACCAUCUCAUAAGAAUGAGCCCAGAAGAAUUGGCUUCCAAAGAACUAGCUGCAUGGAGGAAAAGAGAAAACCGACAUACAAUUGAAAUGAUUGAAAAAGAGCAGAGGGAAGUGGAAAGGCGACCAAUAACAAAAAUUACUCAUAAAGGAGAAAUAGAGAUUGAGAGUGAGACUCCAGUAAAAGAGCAAGAAGCAGCUAUGGAACUUCAGGAAUCUGUUCCAGUUAAGGUUAUGGAAAAGAUGGAGGAUACAGAAAAGGACAAAGAAGUUGACGAAUCUUCCACUCCUGAUACAACAAGUCAGCACAAACAUCAUCUCUUUGAUCUCAACUGUAAAAUUUGCAUAGGUCGAAUGGCGCCACCUAGUGAUGACCUUUCUGGGAAAAAAGUGAAAGUGUCUGUUGGAGUUGCUCGGAAACCUUCGGACAAUGAGGCAGAAAGCAUUGCAGAUGCCCUUUCCUCAACAACAAACAUUUUAGCUUCAGAAUUAUUAGAGGAAGAUAAAGAACUACCAAAUCCAACACUUGUCUCUGGCGCAACCCCUAGGUCAGAAACGCCAGGCACUGUUGAAAGUGAAACACUCUUUCUAGCUCGUCUGAACUUUAUUUGGAAAGGCUUUAUCAACAUGCCAUCUGUUGCAAAGUUUGUUAUCAAAGCUUAUCCAAUUUCUGGCUCUUUUGAAAAUUUAACAGAGGAUUUGCCUGAUAGUAUCCAAGUAGGUGGCAGGAUAUCACCUCAGACUGUUUGGGAAUAUGUUGAAAAAAUAAAAGCUUCAGGGACAAAGGAAAUCUGUGUGGUUCGAUUCACCCCUGUGACUGAAGAGGAUCAGAUUUCAUAUACCUUGCUGUUUGCAUAUUUCAGCAGCAGAAAGCGUUACGGUGUAGCAGCUAAUAACAUGAAGCAAAUCAAGGACUUGUAUAUUAUCCCUUUAGGUGCCUCUGAUAAAAUUCCACAUCAGCUGGUGCCAUUCGAUGGUCCUGGAAUCGAAGUUCACCGACCCAAUUUGUUGCUGGGACUGGUCAUUCGCCAGAAGCUAAAGAGACAGAUAAGUGCAGUUGGUACUGCUAGCACAAGUCAUACUGAAGAAAGUCUUGAAAGCGGCUCCAUGAGUUUGCCACCAGAGAAGAAAAGCAAACCAAGCAAACCAGAAGUACUUCAUUCAGAAGAAAUAGAAAAGGAGGAGGAAAAUGACUUUUUUAACUCCUUCACAGCUGUGUUGCACAAACAAAGGCUUAAGUCUCAGCAAUCUAAUUCAGAAGAAUUAACAGCUAGUGAACCUGCAGUAGAGACCAUAAAACAUGAGCCACCAAAGCCUCUGCGGUUCCUUCCUGGAGUUCUGGUUGGAUGGGAGAAUCAGUCGUCUGCUCUGGAGUUGGCAAGUAAACCUUUGCCAGUAGAUGAUAUCCUUCAGAGUCUUCUGGGUACAACAGGGCAGAUGCCUGAACAUAUUAAGUCGAUGGUGGAUCAUACUGCUAGUGAAAGCCUGCCUGAAAAACAGACAAACGUAAAAGAAGAAAAAAUGGACAUACCUGCAGCAAAUGCUGGAGUUGAAGAAACUAAGGACAGCCAAGGCAGUUCAAAAGAAUCCACGGAAAAUAUAUCAGCAGCUGAAACACCAGUAGUAGAUGUCCCACCACGCUCUUCAGGAAAUCUGACAAGCCUAAGUCUUAAGGGGAAACCGCCAGAUGUUUCUACAGAAGCAUUUUUAGCAAACUUAGCUAUUCUGUCACAGAACAAAGAAACCAAAGAGCCUACUGAAAGCAAUCUAAUGCUGGGAGAUGCAGAUAAUGCUUCUGAGGAAAAUAAAAGGACCACCAAUUGUCCUGUCUCAUCCAACUUGGGAAAAGCAGUUGGGAGCAAUAAUGCAGCAAUAGCAUCGAUUGAUACCAUGGCUGUUAAUAGUGCAAAAUCUCCACAGUUUAUUAAUUUUAAAAGGGAUCCAAGGCAAGCAGCAGGACGAAGCCAGCAGAACAACACUUCUGAAAGUGAAGGUGACAGUAUUAGAAACGAAGACGUACAAAAUAACCAGCAACUGAAUGCUUCAGAAACGGAAGAGACAAAUGUAGACAAUAAGCAGCCUUCAGGAAAUGAUCUAGACUUAGAUGAGAGCAACACUCAAGCCUGCCAGAAGACAUCUUCAGCUGUAACUAAAGCUGAUGAUGUCUGUUCCUCCCAGCUGGAAGAUUCAAAUCAGUCCCAUGAAAAAGCACUGAUGCAAAACAUUGAGACAGUACAUUCAGUUAGAAGGGGGCUAUUGCCACUCCCACCAUCGUCAUCUCAGUUUGAAACUGAAAAUUCUUGCCAUGGUGACUUCAGUACCAAAAUAGGUAGUCCUGUUACAAGUGGAAACUUCUCACCAAUAAGGACUCCGCAGCCCAAUUUUCAGCACACUAAAACUCCUCCACCCACUUUUCAGUUUCCGGGGGCUGUUUCUCCUAACUUUCCUCCGCAAAACAAUCCAGUGUUUGGGUUUCCCCCCCAUCUGCCCCCUCCACUUCUUCCUCCUCCAGGCUUCGGCUUCGCUCAGAACCCUCUGAUGCCUUGGCCUCCUGUGAUUCAUCUGUCAGGCCAGCCCCCACCCUUUGUUGGACCAGUUGUCCCAGCUCCACCGCUGGCACACAAACAGUCAAGAUUCUCAGGGCCAGAACAUUUUUAUCAGAGCAGAGACAAUAGGAGACCAGAGAGGCGUCACAGUGACCCUUGGGGCAGACAGGGUCCACAUUUGGAGAGAACCUUUAGUAGGAGGAAAAGUGACCAGCACAGGCAAAGAUUUUACAAUGAGUCUCACCACCAGAAAAAGGGGAGGCAUGAAUGGGAGUCAGAUUCUGAAAGGAACAGGCAUAGAGAUAGAAUCCAGGAUAAAGACAGAGACAGAAAAAGCAGGGAGGAAGGGCAUCGGGACAAAGAGAGGUCACGACUUUCACACAGUGAUAAGGACUCUGAAGGCAAAUCCUCAAGAGAAAGUAGAAACCCUGAAAAGAAGGAUGUUCCUAAAAGUGAUGAGCGAGCUUAUGAGAAGGAGAGAGAGAAAAGUAGGGAAAGGCAUAGAGAACGAGAUAGCGAAAAGAAUCGAGAUAGGCAUCACAAAGACAGGGACCACAGUGACCGAAGUAAAAGCAAAAGGUAAAAGCCACAAAGGGCACAGGCUGUCUUUUAAAGUUUUAAAUAAAAAUAAUCUGUGUUAAAUAUGUCCUAAAAUUCUGUAAAAUAUGUCUGGGUAUAAUUGUGCCAUCAAUUUUUCUUUCUUUUUGAUAUUCACUGUUAAUGUUUUACAGAAACAGUCUGGUACCCCUUACUCCUUUUCUUUUACAUUCUACUGACUUAGGAGCAGUAGUUGACUAUUUCAAAAUUUUACAUUGCUUGUAUAAACAGGAUUUAUUUUUUUUUUCUUUUAAUAUGCAAUAAGAAAUGUAUAAAGGUUAUUGGUCAAAAUUGGCUUUAGUCAAAAUGUAUUUGCUGCCUUUGGUGAUUUGUGCUCUCCUCUGUUUUAAGAUGCUUUAGUUACUAUAAUGCUAAAUUUUGGACCAUGAAAUUCUUUUAAAGUUGCACUGCCAAACAGAGCAUUGCGACAGAAUCUCAGAAUUCAUGUUUCGAUACAUUCAGCUUAAGCUGAGGGUUGUUGAAAGAUUCUGAAGAAAAAAAAUGAGAAAAAUUGCAUUACUGGUCAUUGCAUAUUUGCCAAGCAUCUGAAACAGUUUGUGAGCAGAAAUUAAACAGCUGCGUGGUCCAAAUUUUAUUGCUUUAGGAUACACUUAUUUUAAUAAGAUUUUUUACAACUGUAGCCUCUAUGGUAUGAUUUGUAUUAAAUUAAUUUUCCAACCAUUUCUCGUGCUUCAGAAACUUGAAUACCUAAGCUUGUACAUGACAUUGUGUUUUACUAUCCUUUAUAUUGUAAAAUGUAAAUAUUUUAAGGGAUAUUUUGAUUCUACAAAUGAUAAAGCUUUUCACAGCUGUUUGUUUGUUUGAUUUUAAUAGAUGUGAAGCAAUAGGCUAAACCCGCUGUAACAAAGAGAUGUAUAAAUGUGGCUUGGCUUUACAAUUCCUGGUAAUUUUUAAUAACCCUAGGGUUUUUAAUAAAUAGAUCAGUAAA